AUGUCGCCUAAAGAAUAUAUCUGUUCAUGCUUUUUUAAGAGAAAUAUAUUUCUGAAAAAGUAUAAGAUUCAUGUUGUCUUUGAAAAUGAGAAACAGUUUGAACAAGAGUACAGACAGAAUUUACGCUUUAAGGGAUGUACAACUGAUACACAGUAUGCUACUGUUCUUGCAGAGGUCAAAGAAGAGGUGGCACGGCGCAGAUCAUUUCAUGAGUCAUCCCUGGCAAACUAUAAAGACAUUCAAAGCAACUAUGAAAGACUCUACCCAGAAAUAUGGAAGUUAAAACCAUCAUUUGUGGAUCCAAGAUUUGUUACUAUAUCUAGUGAUGCUCAGCACAAAAGUUUGGAUUCUUUAUUGCUAUCCCUUGUGCAAAAUGGAGGCCACAUUACAGAGUCUGCAGUGUACAGGUUACCUGUGUUUACACAAGAAUUUUGUCAACAGCUAGUGGAGGAACUAAAGCAAUUUGACAAGUAUCCUGGGAAUAAGAGUGUGCCAAACACUAUGAAUUCUUAUGGGGUGUCACUUGAUGAAAUGGGUAUGUCAGAUCAGCUGAUCACACCACUGAUUACAGACUGGCUGCAGCCUUUAGCGAAGCAACUUUUUGACAAAUGGGUUGGCCUGUCUUUUGACUCCUACAAGGCUUUCAUUGUCCGCUAUGAUGAGACUGGUGACAGAGAGUUAUCUCUGCACUAUGAUAACGCAGAAGUCACCCUCAACGUUAGCCUGAACUCUGAUUAUACAGGCGGACAAUUACAGUUUAAUGGGAUUUGGGGCGAGGAAGAUAACACAAAGCAGAAAACUUUAAUUGGGCAUGAGGUAGGCCAUGGAAUUCUGCAUUGUGCUCGCCAGCUACAUUCAGCGUUACCAAUCACUUCAGGCCAACGCUACAACAUGGUCAUUUGGAUGAGAAGUUCAUCAGUGCGAAAUCACAUGUGCCCCAUGUGUGGACAGUGUCCUUCAUUGGUCGCAGUACCAUUUGCUGGAGAAGGCUUUACUGUGCCAGAUACUCAACAGUCGGACUGUUCUUGCCUGUAA